AUGGCCGCCGACCCUUUGUCCCCGAUCGCGCCUGCGCGCAUUAGGGCCCUGCUUCUCCCCAUGGGCCGAAUCAAGCGCUCACGUUUCCUAGCCUUUGUCGACCUCUUACAGCAAGAAUCGCUGGUUCGAUUGGGUGAUAUCAGCCCGGACCCACGACCUGAUCGGAACAUGUUCUCUCCCUUGGCAUGGCCGGAGGGUACGCUGAUGUAUGACUUUUCGACAUCCAUGCCCCCAGCUUCUCAUUUAUCUUUGUCGCCAUUUGAACAAUUCCGAGAGCCAUUGCUUAUCAUCGGGCUGGGCGAUGCAUCAGAGUAUGCAUGGCUCGAGCCGUCACGUGCGGCAGAUGGUAGCCCCACUGAGGCAUUCGAAGAGCCUCCUGCCGAGGAUACAGAUGCCAACGCAAUACUGCUUGGCGUUGAUGACCUCAAAGAACAGUUCCCCAGAGCUUAUCUUCACAGCCUUAUGAUGUUUGAUUCUGUGUCCCAGUCACGGCAUCCCCGCUUACCCCAAGAGACCCUUCUAAUCCCCCCCAAAUCACAACUGAAGACUACGACCAUGAAGACGCUAGUCUGUGAUUUUACUGCAACUCUGCUAGCCGAAAUGACAACAUUGGCAAAGUCCAUUCAAGCUCUUCCUACUUUGGUUUCUCCCGCUUCUCAAAAUGGGAUGGCAGACGCUACCCCAAGCUGGGCCACAUCGGACUCCACAUCACAAUUUCCAAGGCGAAACUCAGUGCUGAGCUCCAGUCGUCCAGGUUCACCUGCGAGUGGCGGACAAAAAGAUGAUCAUCGCAUGUCAAUGCCCGUGCUCCCAUCAAGCCAAGGAGGAGCGUUGUCCACAGAAGACCCGCGAACUGCUUCACCAAACGGCCAAGGCACGCGUACACCACCUACAACUUUUGACGAAAUUUCUGGUAUCAAUGCAGCGAACACUGUGCAUUCGACCACCAACAACUCUGCAAGGCCUGGACAGUGGCUCGAAGCUGUGCGAGAGCUUACAGAGGGCGCGACAAGAGCACGAGCUCUGAGCGACCACUUGUGGCAUGCUAAAGCUUUGGAGCACAUCAUGGUAUGCAUGCUACUAUUUGCAUGGUCGGGCAUGGAAUUCCAGAUACCUCAAAUCUGCUACCCAGCCUUCGAUAAAUCCGCAGGUACCAAGUCGCCCACCCACACCCCAUCAAAUAGUGGUUCAGAUGUAUCGUCUGCAGCCAAGCUCCCAAAACAUGACGAUUCUCUCGAGGCCUUGAAUGCGUUGCUUCCGGACCUCGUAAGCAUGAUCCUGAAUCUUUACACUCGUGCAGCCAAUUUUGCUGGCGAAUCUCUACCGCCUCUCGCAUUUUCAGAAUGUGUGAUAAGAUUUUCCAAAUUACUGGCUGCUAUCAACUUGUCUGCAGGCUACCUUGACGACGAUGCUCUACGGCACCUCGUGCAAAGUGUACCAUACAAACAAAAGUCGCGUUUCUCAGUCGCCCGACUAAGUGUACAUCCGACAAGGAACGACAUAGCUUCUAUGCUCUUUCGCGCGAUACCAGGCCCUGUUGAAUCAUCUGGGAUGAAUCCUACAGAUCGUAUCGUUGUACUUGCGGGUGUUGCUUCUGUUCUAUCAUCUCUAGGUCUACAGCGAAAGAAAGCUGUUGUCCUGAAAGAAUUCAUUACGUCAUUAGUCCCUGGCCUGAUCCAGGCCCGGAAGGUUGGUGCAGCGGAAAUGGGCGUUCAUCCAGCUGCUGGUCUGGCGGCUCUCAACAUCGCAAGUGGGGGCUCAUCUAGUGCCCUCAACCUAGGCGAAGGCGAGGCCGAGAACGGCAUCGAUGAAUUCUUGGGUCUCUUGGGCCGAAUAUACGGGAUUCCAUAUUCUAAGAGUACGAUGCCUGAGAUGGCAGACUCAGCCAAAAGAGACGAUGAUGCGGAAAGUGCGGCCGAUAACCUUGCCAGCCAGCGUGUGGUUGAUGCGAUCUUGGCGAUAUCGUCUUUGCGUUCAUUUGGAAGUCUCAGCCUUAAACUUGAGAUUCUACGAACAUGCUUGAGCUUUUGUGAAGCAUUGCCAGAUUUCAACGGCGUUCUUCAUUUCACUGCUCUAUUGCUGAGAGUGGCGGGUCCUGGGACAGCGCCAAGACCUAAUAGCACCGACGUCUUCGUAUCCCUCCAAAGAGACGAGCAGGUGCGACUAUACUCGAACAUUUCACGAACGGUGACUGCCGCCAGAAAGCUGGGUCUGAAGCAUGUGGAAACCGAAUAUUGGGACGACUUUCUUGUGCGCGGGCUAUUCAUUUUAGAGGAAUCCGAAGGGCUUCGCUUGACCCAACGUCAAGGUAUCGAACUGAAAUCAACUAAAAAGAGCAAGGAGAGUCCAUUCCUUCACAACGCUUGGCCCCAGAAACCUCAGAGAAACAUUGCAAACGCUGUUUUAGUGGCUAACGAGGAGUACCGCUUUGUCAUUGCUCUGCAGAACCCCUACGACUUUGAACUAGGAGUGGAGUCCUUGAAAAUCGCUGCAGAAGGCGUCGAGUUUGUAGCAUUGGAGGAGCACUUUUUGCUCGGGCCUUACAGGACCCAAAAAUUCCAAAUCUCCGGCAUAGCGCGUUCAUCGGGUGCGUUGAAGAUUAUCGGCUGCUACGUUAAGCUCAUUGGCUGUCGGGAACGGUUAUUUCCUAUUUUCCCUGAACCAUGGAAGCCUAAAAGAGAAGCCAAGAUGAAGCAUAUGGGACUCAACGCAUGCAUAGGUGCCCCAAUCUCACGGCCCUCGUCGGCCAUAUGCCCCUCGAUUGACCGCAGAGCGGUCUCGCAGCCUAAGCCGGAGUCGUUGAAGUUUUCCGUUAUUCCCGAUCAACCUGUUAUUGUCAUCACAAAUGUAUCACUACCGCAGGCAGCGGUCAUGGUGCUAGAAGGCGAAAGGAAACAGUUCACCAUCACUGUCAGGAAUGUGUCGAAGACGUCUGUAGACUUUGUUCAUAUUUCCUUCCAGGAUACCGCGACAGACGCGAUUCAGGCCGCCACGUCGAAUAAAGACAUUCCCGCUGCGGAGUUGCACGAGCUGGAGAUCCAGCUUGCCCAUCAUCCACCCUUACACUGGAAUAAGAGCGACGACGAAGAGUCUUUCAACAUCAAACCUGGGGCGGAGGCAGACUUUAUCGUUGAAGUUAUCGGCCGUACUCGGCUGAUAGACGCGACGAUCCAAAUCGAUUAUGCCAAUCUCGGAAAACGAAGAUCAGAAGUAAAAGAACAUUUCUUCACUCGCCAUGUAUCUGCUCAUAUAUCUAUCACGGUAAAUGCAAGCGUGCAACUCCAACGCCCGGAUAUUGUGCCCUUGUCUGGAGACAUUGGCUGGGCUAAUGUGAUCACUUCCUCGGACAUGCCUUCCGCUACUGAGUCGCCACAGCCUCUCUUACCCGGGAAAGCCGAUACCCAUCUCCAGGCAUUUCUACGGCAUAAAGAAAGCCAAGGGCAUGAGGACGAAUACUGCAUGCUUCUCCUGGAUCUGCGGAAUUCGUGGCCAAACCCGUUGUCAAUAUCGCUACAAGCCCGACGACCCAAACCCGAUGGUGAUUACAGCGAUGACUCCUGGGAUGAAUCGUACAGUGUCAGCGAAGUGAUACAACCCGGACACGUCAGCAGACUAGCAAUGGUUCUCCCGAAGAUCUACCUAAAGGCCCCGCAUGCCACGGUGCCCUUGUUGAAUCCUGCGAACCAACGUCAAUUCAUUGUUAGUACGAGCAAGAUCGAUCCCAAGGUGGAACGUACCAGUCGAGAAGCGUUCUGGUACCGCCAUGAGCUGCUCAACAUAGUGCGCGGUACAUGGACGGAAGAGGACAAUGGACGUCAUGGAGAGCUUGAACUGCGCGGUAUCCGUUUUACCCCACGUAUGGUAGAGGCUAUAAAGCUAGACGAUCUCGCCAUCGAGACAACUCUCAUUCCAGACCACCCAAGCCCAGAAGACAAGAAUAUCGUAAAACAGCUUGGCCGAACCAAGUUUGAGGUCCCUGUGGACGAGUUCUUGACGUUGAAGACUACAGUACGCAAUCGGAGUCCACGACCCAUUUCAUCUGUACUACGCCUGCAACCUCAUCUUGCUGGCCUUCAACACAAUGUCGCCCUCGAUCUCGAUAAACGCUUCUCCUGGACUGGUGUACUACAGCGUAAGAUGCCGAUAAUACAGCCAGGAGAAACUGUAGAGUCUGAGCUAGGCGUCGUUGCGCUGUGCAGUGGCACCUAUAAGAUCGGUGCGACGGUCGACGAAGCGGAGGUACUCAGAAGUGGGAAUGAGGAAGAGGGGUCGAGGCCGAGAAGCGAUACCCAGACUUUACUGCAGGGUGACGUACUGGGCGAGCCAAAGUUGAGGACUUGGUAUAUGAAGGAGCCGUGUACGAUUGCUGCGAGGAGAUGA